AUGACGUCUCCACUUGUGAUUCUAGCGUCUUCCUCUAUCAACCGCCUCCGUCUCCUGAGAAGUAUUAACAUCGAGCCAAAAGUUGUAUGCUCUAACUACGAGGAAGAUCUGCCAAAAACACUACCAGUACGAGAAUUCGUAGAGCAAACUGCUCACGAAAAGCUGAAAUCAGUUCGUUCGGAUAUGCGUGAGAAACAGGAGCCAUUUGAUGUGAUAAUCGCCUGUGACACGGUUAUUUACUUUGAAAAUGAAAUAAUCGGUAAACCUGUCAACAAGGAAGACGCUAUUGCAACUUUGAAAAGGCUUCGCAACAAAACUCAUUUAUGCUACACUGGUGUCUCACUUGCAUAUCCAGAUGAAACAGAAGAUGUCUUCAACGUUGAGACUACCAUCGCAUUUGGAGAUUUUCCUGAUAGUCUGAUUGAAGCUUAUGUAGCUACUGGAGAACCCUUGUCGAAAGCUGGAUCGUAUGGAAUUCAAGGAUUCGCUUCAGUUUUUGUAAAAAGCGUUCAUGGUUGUUACUCAAAUAUCGUUGGAUUACCUAUACAUGAGACUAGAUAUAGAUUAGUGGAAAUGCUCGAAGUUUUGAUCACAGGAAGUGGAGAAUACUACUGGGUCACAUUAAGAGAUUGUUGA